AUGCGGGGGCUGCGCGGGGCGGCGGGGGCCGGGGGGACGCGGGCGGCCCUGGCGCUGCUGCUGGCGGCGGCGCUGGGCCCGGGGCCGGCGCGGCCGCACCCGCAGUGCCUGGACUUCAAGCCGCCGUUCCGGCCGCCGCGGGGCCUGGCCUUCUGCCGCCGGUACGCCGACUUCGGCUGCUGCGACCCGCGCCGCGACCGCGCCCUGCUCCAGACUUUCUACCGCCUCAGCGCCCGCCUCGACGGGCCCCGCUACGCCGCCUGCGCCGGGCACCUGCAGGACCUGCUCUGCCAGGAAUGUUCUCCAUAUGCAGCCCACUUGUACGAUGCAGAGGAUCCCUCUACCCCCGUGCGGACGAUACCAGGACUUUGCCAAGACUAUUGCCUGCAAGUGUGGCGAAAAUGCCGCUCCAUAUUUCGCUCUCUCUCUGCAGACCCAGAGCUAAUUGCACUAGAGAACAACGCGGCAAAGUUCUGCCGCUACCUGUCCUUGGAGGACACAGACUACUGUUUUCCACACCUGCUGGCUAACCACAACCUUAACCAAAACCUGGGGUUGGUGACUGCUGACGUGGAGGGCUGUCUCCAGCUCUGCCUCGUGGAGGUCGCCAACGGGCUGCGCAAUCCCGUGGCGAUGGUGCACGCCAACGAUGGCACCCACAGGUUCUUCAUUGCAGAGCAGGUUGGACUGGUGUGGACCUACCUCCCCGAUCAAUCCAGGCUUGAAAAGCCAUUUCUGAACAUCAGUGAAGCUGUACUGACCUCACCUUGGGAAGGAGACGAGAGAGGGUUUCUAGGUAUUGUCUUCCACCCUGAAUUCAAAUUUAAUGGUAAAGUGUAUGUCUACUAUUCAGUUGAAGUUCGUUAUGAAGAGAGAAUCCGAAUCAGUGAGUUCAGAAUUUCUCCUGCUGACAUGAAUGCUUUGGACCAUAGUUCUGAAAGGAUAAUCCUGGAAAUAGAAGAACCUGCUUCCAACCAUAACGGAGGACAGCUGCUCUUUGGAGAUGAUGGAUAUCUCUAUAUAUUCACUGGAGAUGGAGGCAUGGCUGGGGAUCCUUUUGGUACCUUUGGAAAUGCCCAGAACAAAUCAGCCCUGCUGGGCAAAGUGCUGCGGAUCGAUGUGAACAACAACGACCACGGGCCUCUGUACCGCAUCCCUCCUGACAACCCUUUUGUCAGCGACCCCACCGCUCGCCCCGAAGUCUUCGCGUACGGCGUCAGGAACAUGUGGCGCUGCUCGUUCGACAGGGGCGAACCUCAAACCAAGGAGGGGAAAGGGCGGCUCUUCUGCGGAGACGUGGGGCAGAAUAAAUAUGAAGAGGUCGACAUUGUCGAGAAGGGGAAAAAUUAUGGCUGGCGGGCAAGGGAAGGAUUCAGCUGUUACGAUAAAAACCUUUGCAGCAAUUCUUCACUGGAUGAUGUGCUUCCAAUUUACGCAUAUCCACACAAAAUGGGGAAAUCUGUUACAGGAGGCUACGUCUAUCGGGGUUGUGAGUCUCCCAACCUGAAUGGUCUGUACAUAUUUGGUGAUUUCAUGAGUGGACGCCUGAUGUCUUUGAAGGAGGAUCAUGCUACUGGAGAGUGGCAGUACAGUGAGAUCUGCAUGGGGACAGGACAAACAUGCAUGUUCCCUGGGCUUAUCAAUAACUAUUACCAAUACAUCAUCUCCUUUGCUGAAGAUGAAGCAGGGGAACUUUACUUCAUGUCUACUGGUGUACCAAGUGCCACAGCUCCCCAUGGAGUGGUGUACAAAGUGGUGGACACUUCUAGGAGGGCACCACCAGGAAAGUGCCGAGUUGAGCCGCUGCCAGUGAAAGUAAAAAGCAAACUCAUACAAUUUGUGCCAAAGGAAACAUUUAUUAUGAAAACACCAGCACCGCGUCCCCGGUUGAGAGCCACAACCGAGGCCCCAUGGGGAGGCAGACCAGACCCCAACACGCCCCACACGCUGGCCGUGGACAGGGUGAGCCAAGCCCCAGCAAACCGAAGCAGGACAUCCACCACCCCAGCACCGAGAGGCAGGACCCCCAAGCCCAGAAAAGGGGGAGAGAAGAGGGGUCAGCGCAGGAAGAAGAAACCCCCAGGCCCGGCCCGGCCGCUGCGGAACGGCGCCGUGCGGCUGGUGGAGCAGCAGAGCCGCAGCCGCAGCCGGGGCCGGGUGGAGGUUUAUAUCAACGGCGAGUGGGGCACGGUGUGUGAUGAUGGCUGGAGCUCGGCUGCUGCCGCCGUGGUGUGCCGCCAGCUGGGCUUCCCCUACGUGGUGCGGGCCAGCAAGAAGGCAGAGUUCGGGGAAGGGACGUCCCUUCGCAUCCUCCUGGAUGAUGUCCAGUGCUCCGGGCAGGAGAAGACGCUGCUGGAGUGCAGCCACGCCGAUGUCGGCACGCACAACUGCUCCCAUGAGGAGGACGCCGGAGUGGUGUGCAGCCGGGAGGAGGUGACAGACUGGUGACAGAGGAGUGGGUGAGACUCAGAGAAUGUCCCCUUCUUGCUUGACCCUCUAAACACUGGUUUACCAGCACUGCUUUACCAGCAUUUAGAGGGCCAAGCAAGAAGGGGACAUUCUCUAAGCAUUUAAAGGGUCGUGCUCUGCCUUGAGGAUGCUGAAUCUGUUCGAAGCUAUCUUGCUGUUUUCUUCAUGUUCAUCCCCACCCAUCUGCACCAGAGGGAAAGAAAAAGGUAAAAUGAAGCCAAGGAUUGCAUUUGUGUGUUGGUUUUUUUUAAUAAGAAGAAACUCCCAAACAUCAGCAAUUAUAGAUUAGAAAAAAAGACACAUUCUGUUGCUCUUUCUGAAAUAUGUUCCCCAGCCCUGCUUCACAAUGUAUUGCCAAAAAAUGAGUUCCCAAAUGACCACAUUUCCCUCUUGCUUUUGGAAGUGUUUGUAUUGUUUUGCUUGCUUUGCCACCUGCAGCUCUGAGUGGUGGUUUCUAACUGUGCACAAAUCUGUGCCUGUCUUUGCUGAAUGCAAAAGCACAAUUUCUGGUUAACUUUUCAUGCACUAGUUUAAAGGAAAAUGGUUCUUCUGUACUGCUUUAUAUUGGUAUAAGCCUAUAGCUUCUCAAAGAUAACUGUGUCUAAGCUACAAUCAGGUAAAUUAGAAAAAGUCACAGCAUACCAUCUGGAAAAUACUUCUGCAGUUUACAGUAAUCUAAGUAAAAUAAAAUUUGGCCUCUUCUACAUGAAUAAGAUCUAUCCAGUUUAACCCUGAAGAUACUUUGUACAAGUUUCUUGACUUUCCCAAAUGUUGUGAAGUCACUUUUUUGCAUUUAGUUUUCACAGGUGUGAAUGAGUAGACAAGAAGUACUGGGGCAAUAAUCCUGUAGGAUUUACCCCUUUUUAAAGGACAUUAAAAACCCACAGAACUGAUUUUGUCUGAAAUGUAUUUUUCACCCAAGUGGUGAUUAGGGACACAUGUUCUCCUUUCUUGUUGUCACUCUGCAUUUGACAGCAUUUUGCCUGGUAAUUUUUUUUUCCUGAUGUAAUCAGAAAAAGGUUUUAUCUUGCUGUUCACACAGAAAUAUAAGACAAAAUGAAAAAAAUGAAAAACUACUUUGUCCCUACUUCUUAUGAAGUAUAAAGGGGAGAACAGACAUACGAAGUGCCUUUCACAAAAUACUGCUCUCGUUUCAUUGGAAAACCUACAAUUUCUAUCAGGCACCAGAGUGUCAUUAGGCUUUUCCCAUUGCAGUGAAGGUGCAAAGGUGUCUAUUUAAAGAGCAUAAAUUCACUUCAGGCACAUCAAGAUGUUCAGGGAACAAGAGAGCUCUUUGUAAAUGCUUCUGUUAAAGGAGUUGGCACCUCUUGAGCUGAUGGGACUAGAGGGCAGGAAGAAAAUGGAAAGUGGGAAUAUAAUCUUGCUUCUUCCAAAUUCCUCUUCCACUUCUGUUGGCUCCUUAGCCAAAUUUCAGCUACCUGUAGCUGUGACAUUUUAAGGAGAAUCUUGGUCAUAGCUUUAAAACUUCUGGGUAGAGAAAAGUUCUGCAUAACAGAAGUUACUCCAAACUCAGAUGAUUUUAGGAUGUCUGCCAUAGACCAAUUAGACAAGAAUUUCACCAUCAUUUUCCAGGUACUUAAGCAUUCUUUCUCUGUAUUCUAUUAGUUGCCCUCUGCCUGCUGUAGGCCAUUUCAGUGUCCUGAGGCCAUCUUACUUUUUGCAUAUUGCUGGUGGUGACUGCCACCAACCCCUGGCUGGCAGUCACUUGGUGGCAGGCAGUCUGGUGACAGCUCAGGGCAUAUGGAAACCAGCCCAUGAGGAGCAGCCCUCGGUAAGAGCGAGCUUUGCCCUGGUUGAGCUGAGGGCAAACACGGAGCUGUACAUUCCCAGUGUUUGCUGCUGCCAGCCUUGUGGGGCUGCUGCCAGCUUCACAGGGGAAAUAGUUAUUGGCAGAGGAAGAGACAACACUUGCAAAUAAGUGUUUUUCUCCCUCUUCUUUCUUGCAACCUACACUGAGUGGGGAAAGCAUUCAAGUAGGUGUGUGCCAGCUCAGCACAUGUGGAUGUGUGUGGAUGUCUGUGCCUGCCACCUCAGUACACUGUUAUGGUACUGGGAAGAUGUUUCUGACCAUCAUGGUCCUUUUCAAGCUUAACACAUAUCUGUUGUAAAGCCUGGUAUUUCUCAAUCUAGUUCCCUGGUAUUUAAAUAAUAUGCCUCUAUUAUUCAAAGCACAGAAGUACACAUGUAUUUUAAAUACCUAAUAUAUCAUCUGCUGUUUAAUAGAAUUCUUAUUGAUAGCUUUUUUUCUUCAUUUUAAAAUGCACUUAUAUAUUAGGAUGUCAGACAAAUUAAGCUUUAGAUAAACUGAUAAACCCUGCUGCUACGUUUCAACAUGCCAGUAUGCUGCCUGGAAGCUGAUUCAGGAUAAAGGUCUUAAAAUAGCCCAGAAUUAUGCUGGUUACGAAAGUGUGGCUGCUCUUCUGCACGUGCUACAUGGCAGCCCCAGACUUUGGUCUAGUAGCAAUCUGGUUUAUUGCCUUCUCUCCUGAUUCACCUCUGUGACAGCAACUGGAGCAUGUGCAUUUUUCCCUACACAUUUUUCCUUUCCUUAUGUUAGCACAGCUGGAUCACAUGGAAGACCCAGCAUAUCUAUUAAGUGUAGACCCAGCCUUGCUACCUCUUUUUCUCUACCUCCAAGGCAGAGUAACUCUGUGCAGACUUCAGGUUUGGGUUUUUUUUUCAUUGACAUUGCUUUUAGUACCUAAGCAGCCAGCCUGAGCAUCACCAUGUUGUGUUGCAGUCUGCAGCCCUCACACACUCUGUGCUGGGGGAGCUGUUUUUCCCGACAUCAGACAGAAGAUCAAGUUUUUAUUGAUAACUUGAUGGUAAUUUUUUAUUUCCAAAAACAUUAUAACUGCCCUUGCUAGCUUUGCUUGGCUGGAUUUAAUUACUGUUCACACUGAUACAAAUAACAGCAGAAUCGGCCUACUGCUUUACAUUUCAUAUCCAUAUAUAUAAGCAUAUAUAUGCUGAAGAAAGUUAUGUACUUAAAUUUGAACAGAAGUAACUUUUUCCUUUUGAUUUUAUAAAUAACUGGCUUUAAAAUAGGGUAAUGUAUUGAAUUGUACUGGUAACAAAAUUUAAGUCCAUACUUUGUAGUAUUAAUUGUAAUACUACAAUUUGUUUUAUGUAACAAAAAUAACCAAAUGUUUACAUUAAAGUAUGCCUUUUAUUUUUUGUCUUUGAA